AUGCGAUUGUCAGCUUCCUCGCUGUACUCGCCAGCCAUCAGUAUGGGGGAGGCCGCUCAAAGAGAGUGCUCCAUGGUUUCGAAAAACCAAGUCGAUUCUUCACGGAGCUGCACAAGUUUUGAUGAGGAGAUGAGGAAAGCAGGGGAAAAUGAUGCCAGUCCUCGAGAGACCAUUCAAUCCCCUUCUCGGACUUCCAGGAGAAGGCGCCGAGGAGGCUGGUUGAGGAGCGCAGCCUCAUUGGCCAUCCUUGCGGGUGCAGCGACGAACGUUGUGGAUGCCAAGGGAAUUGGAGGAGCGCGAGAGCUUUGUGAGUGAUCAGCGCGGUGCUACGGUGAUUUCUUUCCCUCAAACGGACCUGAAAUUCCAGAAGGCGUCCGAUACUGACCGCUGCCUCGUUUUGCCGCUUCACGCGCUGUGCAGACACCUCAUCCGUUGCGUACUGCAGCGAUCCGAUCGCCAUUCUCGUAACCGAUCUGCAGCUUUCCUUUUUUCCCGACAAUCGCACACUCGAGUUUAACAUCGCAGCUGCGUCCACACAGGACGACUUGAAUGUCAGCAUCGCCUUGACGGUGAAUGCAUACGGACUGGGUGUAUUCAAUGCCAACCUCAAUCUCUGCGACUUGGGAGGAUCGUUCUUGUGUCCCUUGCCUCGAUAUCAAUUCAGCGGAGGUGGAGUCUUUCCCAUACCCGAUCAAUUCAACUUGAACAUUCCGACGAUCGCAUAUACCAUUCCGGAUCUCGAGGCAGUGGCCACGCUGGAGCUGACGGACACGAGCAGCAACUCUGUUGUAGGCUGCGUUCAGGCGACGCUCUCCAACGGUCAUACUGCACGCCAGCCUGCCGUUCUAUGGGCGACUGUCGGAUUCGCACUUUUAGCGCUCUUUAGCUGCUUGCUUCACACCGCAAUGGCUCAGAGCGUUGGUGCUGCGCAAUGGAGAAUAGUGGAUGUGAUGAUGGUCAUCCAACACCCUGCAGUCACCUCGUUGCUCUCGCUCAACUAUCCCAUCGUCUUUCUCAAGUACGGCUCCAAUUUUGCGUGGGCCAUUGGUCUGGUCAACAUCUCAUCGCUGCAGCAAUCCAUCACAAAUACGAGGCAGCGAUAUGGGGAUUACAGCUCGGGCACAUUUGGAGCAGCGUUGACUGCCCAGGUCGGCAGAAAGUACAAUCCUUUCAGCGGCAGCACUCCUCAGUCCGGCGGCAGCGAUGGCGGUGGGCUCGGACGGUCGAUCCUGGGCGGCAUCGGACUGCGGCGCAGGCUAGAUGAUUCGUUGACAUUGAAACCAAUCAGCUCGCACGUCGAAAUCCUUGGACAAAAGCUUGUCGAAGCGGGAACCGGCUUGAUGAAGCGGGAUCAAUAUGCGCCCAACACCGGUCCAAACGGAUUUCCAAUUACCAACUCAAACAGCGUGCAGCUGCAGGUCGUCGGUGGCAACACCACCAGCGGAGAUCUGGGUCGUUUUGCGGAGCGUCAAAACGUAGCGCCUGGCAACGCGUACCUUACUGUGCUCGUGUCUGCUGCUAUCCUCUUGGCUAUUCUGAUCGGCGCGUUGAUCGUGCUGUACAUCGUCGCGCUGGUUGCCAGGAUGCUCACGAACCGCAACGGCAAAUCCGCGGUCUCGCAUUGGUCUCACAGGAUCACCAGGCCCAGGGAGUUCUUGGGCGUCGUGACGCUCUCCAUGCUCUCGCGAUACUUUCUCAUCGUCUUUCCCAUUCUCACCAUCUUUUCAUUCUACCAAUGGGACUACGGAAGCUCGUGGCCACCUCACCUGGUCGCUGGUCUGGUAUUUGGGCUCUUCCUGAUCGUCGGCGCAGUUUUCUUGGUGCCAAUGAUCAAGUACGCGAGACGUGGCAGCGCCGACGACCUCUACUUUGCUAAGGGCGAACCACCAGAAAAGGGCACCUUGAUCGCCAAACGCUGGGGUCACACAGCUCAUCCUUACCGACCAAAGUUCUAUUGGUUCGCCUUUGCCUUUGUGCUGUGGUCCAUGGUGCGAGCCUGCUUCAUCGUCUUUGCUCAAGGUCACGGCCUUCGGCAAGCAGCUGGACUGCUAGCCUGGGAGCUCAUCUUCCUGAUUCUGUUGCUCAUCCUGAGACCGGGAAGGGACAAAAAGUCGGACUGGUUCUACGUCAUCACUACGCUGUUGCGAGUGUUGACGUGGGCAGCUUGCAUCGCGUUGACGGAAGAAGCAAAUGUGCAAACGAUUCCCAGAGUCAUUGUAGGCUUUGUCGUCCUCGUCAUUACUGGUCUGCCGAUCAUCUUCCUAUUCCUUGUCACUCUGUGGGACCUCUGUUCCGCUUUGCUGCCGAGCAAGAGGAGACCCAUCAAGGACAGAACGGAUCAUACUGGCAAGGAAGAAGUCGGCGAAAGCGGCUAUGCGUACGGGAAUGUCGCUGGAACAGGCCCUCGAGCUGCUCCUCACUCCGAAGAUUCAGGGCUUGGAGCACAAGUCGACGCCAGACGGUCCUCUGACUCUACCGCUCCACGAGUCUGA